GAUAUUGCUAAGCUUAUGAUUAAGAAAGAUUUAUUGUUUUCUAGGUUGGUAAAAUAUAAUGACAAACCGGAAUUUUUUAGCUCUUGGAAAUCAAGUUUUUGUGAUGUUAUAUCUGAUCUUGAUCUUAAGCCUUUAGAAGAGAUUGAUCUCUUAAUAAAAUGGUUAGGUCCAGAAUCUUCCAAACAAGCACUAAGUUUAAAAGCUGCCAAUCCUGGCAAUAUUAAGAAAGGUCUAAAUUGCAUUUGGGAACGUUUGAACGAUCGAUAUGCAUCUCCCGAACUAAUAGAAUCGGCCAUUAAGAAUAAACUU